AUGUUCCGGACGCGCGUGCUGCGGUUCGCCGCCACUACCUACCGCGCGGCAGAAAACAUCUCGCAGAUUGAGGCCGCCCAGCAGUAUGCCAUUGGCAUCUCCAAGGCGCAGGGCGUCACCCAGCGCGGCUUCAUUGACGCAAUCGGCAAGACACCGCUCAUCCGCCUGAAGAAGCUCUCCGACGAGACCGGAUGCGAGGUUCUCGGCAAGGCCGAAUUCCAAAAUCCCGGUGGUUCCGUCAAAGAUCGCGCCGCUCUCUACGUCGUCGAGAAUGCCGAGAAGCAGGGUCUGUUGAAGCCUGGCGGCACUGUGGUCGAGGGCACUGCUGGCAACACCGGCAUUGGCCUCGCCCACGUGUGCCGCUCCAAGGGCUACAAGCUGGUCAUCUACAUGCCUAACACGCAGUCGCAGGGCAAGAUCGACUUGCUCAGACUGCUGGGUGCCGAGGUCUACCCUGUCCCCGCCGUCGCCUUCGAAAACCCCCAGAACUACAACCACCAGGCCAAGAGGCACGCCGAGUCCAUGGACAACGCUGUGUGGACUAACCAAUUCGACAACACUGCCAACCGCCAGGCACAUAUCGAGACGACCGGUCCGGAGAUUUGGUACCAGACCGGUGGCAAGAUUGACGCUUUCACCUGCGCUACUGGUACCGCCGGAACUCUUGCUGGAGUUACGAGGUACUUGAAAGAGAAGUCCGAGGGGCGCGUGAAGUCCUUCUUGGCCGAUCCUCCGGGUUCCGUGCUUCACUCGUACAUCCAGAGCGGCGGCAAGCUCACUGAGAGGAGCGGUGGCUCCAUCACUGAGGGCAUCGGCCAGGGCCGCAUCACGGACAACCUGAAGCCUGACAUUGGUCUUGUCGACGGCUCGGUGCACAUUCCUGACGAGGAGACGAUUGCCAUGGUCUACCGCUGCCUGGAUGAGGAGGGCUUGUACCUCGGUGCCAGCUCUGCGCUGAACGUCGUUGCGGCCAAGAAGGUCGCUGAGAAGCUCGGAAAGGGCAACACUGUUGUCACCAUCCUCUGCGAUGGUGCCUACAGAUACGCUGAUAGACUUUUCUCCAAGAAGUGGUUGACCGAGAAGAAGCUCAUUGACUCGAUACCUCAGCACCUGCGCAAGUACAUCGUCCUGCAGUGA